GUAUUGCCAUCGAUGGCGGAAACGGAGGAGGAGAUGCAUCCUGUCCCGUCUCCUUAGAGCUCAGCCAAUUUAGAUACGCUGGGACACCCCUUCUUCCCGUCCUUUGAUUGGCUGGACUGAUGAUGAGUGGGCGGUGCCAGUCGUUGCGUUAUGUUAAUGUUGUCACCAUGGACGGAACCGUCAACAACGAAGCGGGGCAAUGAUAUCUGAUCUUCAAUGAACAGCUCGCCUAAACACCAUUAAUGAACAGAUUAGACGGUGCCUUGGACAGUUGCCAAAAGAACGGCGAUUGAUUGAUGGAGGAGGCGAAAGUGUCAGCUGGGCUCCUGCAGAAACACAUCCGCGGCCUGCUGACCCGACGUAAGCUGCAGAGGUUGCUGCAGGACUAUGUGGAGGUGGUGCGGCAGGUAGAGGGAGAGGAGUUUGUGCUGCACUGUGGCAAAUGGCUCCUCUCCCCCCCAAAAUUUACAGCGCUGGUGGAUGGAGUCCAAGAAAAGUCUUGUGGCUGUAAGCAGUAUGGCUGCCCCCACCACAUGCUCACAAGGUCUGCAGACUCUGUAGAAUUCCAAAACCGAAAAGAACCUGUCAUUGUGACUGCAGGAGGACGUGGAGGUCGUCACGAAGAAGAAACAGAUGUACAGAGCCUAUUAAAUAAGCGCUGCCCCCCAGAGGCUAUUGGCCCAGAUUUGGAGAGUUGCCCCCAAGAGGCUGUUGGCCCGGAGAGUGAGCGAUGCCCUCCAGAGACUGUUGGCAUAGAAAAUGAGCCCUGCUGUCUAGACACGGCCGACCUGAUGAGGGAGUACUGCCCUCUAGAGCCUGUUGGUCUGGGACAGGAGCGCUGCGCUCCUUAUUCUGAGAUGUCAGUGAGCACAGAUCAAAGUGUGCAAUGGACAAGAGACAACUUACUAUGGAGUGACAAACUUUUAUAUACAGAAUUGUCUUUGAAGAAUGUGAAUGAGCUUCAAAAGCACAGGAGCCAUUUAGCUAUGGAGAUGCUGUGGGUGCAACAAGCAAUUGCCAGCAGGAAGAAUUAUCUAAUGGUAAGACAAAAGCUGGAGACCCAGAACUGAUUAGGUCAUUGUACCUCAUCCCAGAACAAAUAUGGAAGCCAGAAUGUCUACCACAAGCCUUACCAAUUUAUCUCUGUGAGAUGCUGGAAAACUGUGCAGUUGGUAGAAAACUGUGCUGCAUCUUUUGUGAUUAAAUGGAGAACGUGCUGCUAAGUGUUCCAACAGAUAAAACACUUGUUGUACAACGUAAUGCUUGCUGCUGUUAUCUUCUCCACUGUGGUUAUCGGUUAUUUAACACCGAUAUAAUUUAUGCAAAGUGACUUUAAAGAUACAGAUUGGAGAAAGGUAAUAUAGACUAAACGUCAAAGAAAUAACAGACGGCAGCCAUUGGUUAUUGGUCUUAGUCACAUUUCUAUCUUUAGUCACAAUUUCUAAAUAUAUUUUAUAUUUCAACAUGUGUUUGAUUUGAUAUCAAUAGAUAUUUUUAAGACAUAUCAAUAAAGGUUUAACGUUUUAUACUAA